GAGCCCAGCACCGCCUCACAGCCGCGAUGGGGCUGAGACGUCCGGAGCCCCGGAGCCAGCAAGCUGCCGGUCCCUCCUCGCCGCCGGGACCCGGGCACCCGGGCUCGGCUUGAAGAGGCGGCAGCACCAGCACAGCCGGGGGAGCAUGGGCAGGAGGAUGCGGAGCGCCGCCACCACCGCUGGUCUCUGGCUGCUGGUGCUGGGCUCGCUGCUGGCGCUGUGGGGCGGGCUCCUGCCGCCGCGGACUGAGCUGCUCAUCCCCGGGCCGCCCGAAGACGGAAUCCUGCCGCACCCGCCCGGGAGCAGCGGCCCAAAAUCCGCGCCUCGCUUUCCCCAGCCCCCGCUCCUGGCGCGGGACGCCCGCGGCGGCUCCUUGAAAACUUUCCGGUCUCUGCUCACCUUGGCGGCCGGCGUGGACGGUCUGCCCCGGCAGCCCCGGGACAAGCGCAGGCGGCACGUGCCAGCCAGGCGGCCGCGGCUGGAGGAGCGCCCUGUGGUGCACGGCGGCAUCUUCUGGAGCCCCGGCCUGGAAGAGCAGGUGCCCCGGGGCUUUUCGGAGGCCCAAGCGGCGGCGUGGCUGGAGACGGUGCGCGGAGCCCGGGUGGUGGCCCUGGAGCGCGGGGGAUGCGGACGCAGCUCCAACCGGCUGGCGCUCUUCCCCGACGGCACCCGUGCCUGCGUGCGCUACGGCAUCAACCCCGAGCAGAUACAGGGCGAGGCCCUGUCCUACUACCUGGCGCGUCUGCUGGGCCUCCAACGCCACGUGCCCCCGCUGGCACUGGCCCGGGUGGAGGCUCGGGGCGCGCAGUGGGCGCAGGUGCAGGAGGAGCUUCGUGCGGCGCACUGGACGGAGGGCAGCGUGGUAAGCCUGACGAGCUGGCUGCCCAACCUCACUGACGUGGUGGUACCUGCUCCCUGGCGCUCGGAGGACGGCCAUCUGCGGCCCCUGCGCGCCGCCGGGGACGAGCUAGCUAACCGCAGCCAGGCGGAGCUGGUGGACCUGGUGCAAUGGACCGACUUGAUCCUGUUCGAUUACCUGACGGCCAACUUCGACCGGCUGGUCAGCAACCUCUUCAGCCUGCAGUGGGACCCGCGCGUCAUGCAGCGCGCCACUAGCAACCUGCACCGCGGCCCCGGCGGGGCGCUGGUCUUUCUGGACAACGAGGCGGGCUUGGUGCACGGCUACCGGGUAGCGGGCAUGUGGGACAAAUAUAAUGAGCCACUGCUGCAGUCGGUGUGCGUGUUCCGAGAGCGGACGGCGCGACGCGUCCUGGAGCUGCACCGCGGCCAGGACGCGGCCGCCCGGCUGCUGCGCCUCUAUCAGCACCACGAGCCUCGCUUCCCGGAGCUGGCGGAGCUCGCCGACCCCCACGCUCAGCUACUGCAGCGCCGCCUCGACUUCCUCGCCAAGCACAUUUUGCACUGUAAGGCCAAGUACGGCCGCCGACCUGGGACUUAGCAUUAUCCUGAGGAAGAGAGAGAAAGAUCCCUGGCUGAGGAGUGGGUGAUGGUGAAAGGGCUGUCGCCUCUACCACCGCCUAGGACCAGCCGGCCAACGCCCAGCCAGUGGCCUGAGGGAGAAGGCGGCUAAAAACUUCCGUUUCACCCACCUGCCCCUUUCUUUCAGUUUCAUGCUGUUUCCUUUCCAAGUUCUGGGAGAACUCACCGAGCUCUGGCGGCCCGGAGACGGCCGUGACACUGGCUGGUGGAGCCCCCUUCCUGUCUUCUCCCUUUGUUCCAGCUGGUGGUGGUGAGAUCACCGUACGGAGCUGGGGAACGGAUCCGGAUAGGACAAAGACGUCAGGACCUCCAGAACCCGGGGAGCCCCGCAGUCCCUGACUGUGUAUUUGACUUGUUCUUUACCGCCUGUCUUUUUGGCCUGAAGGCUGCAAAUGAGGGACUGACUGGCUGUGUGCACUGAGUCACAUAAUGAAUUUCUCUCCCCUCCCCCAGUCGACCAAAAUUUUGACAAUGAUGAUGUUCAGCAGAAGAAAAAAAAAUCAGUUUCAUGCACUUUACUUUGUUUUUAUUUUAAUUUUGUAAUAAAAACUUUUUUUAUUUGAUGAAA